AAAAACCUCCACCACAUUUGAAACCCUAAUCGGAGAUCGUCGCCGGAAAGAGUUCGUCGCGCUCCACAAUGUCGACACCGUCGAGAGAAAGCGGCGCCGGAGGCGAGGGAUCGGUUGGCGACCUCAUGCUCGUUGCAGCAGGGGCGUCAUCCCAGAAGGCCGGGGACAAGGCUGGCACGCUGGUGGAGUACGGGAAGGGCGGGGGCGGCGGCGUGCUGAUGAGGGAGGAUGAAGAGGAACUCGAGGUCAAGCUCCGCCGCAUUAUUGAUAACGUUCCUGUUCGCGUCAGCAACACCUCCGGCUCUUCCGCCGGCUCUGGCUCCGGCGACUUCCAUCAGUACCGACAAAUGCGAAGGAAAGAACAAGAUCGUCUUGCAAGAAUGGACUCAGAUUACCAAAGGAGGAAACAAUUAGCUGAGUUCAAUUUGAGGAGAGAGGAACGAUUGAAGGCUGCAGAAGAACGAACGUCAAAGAAACGUUUGAAACGGCAGAAGAAAAAGCAAAAGCGGAAAGAGAAGAAAAGCAAAACUGAUACUGGUAGCGAAGAACAGCACAACGAUAAAAAUAACUCAGAAGAUGAUGAAAAUGAUGAUGACGAUGAUGAUGAGCUAAAGCAGUGAGAUUGUACUAUUGUAUUGUUAAAUAUAUGUAACUCAUCGAACUAAUUUGUUUAUCGAUCAUACAAGAUAUUUGAUCCAAGUUGUUUCUUGGCCUAUAUUGUUGCAUAUCAUGCAAGUGACAUGAUGUUCACUGUAUGGUUGAUGGCAUUGAUGUUCAUAAUUUAACUACUUAAUUCCAUGUUAACUAGA